GAACUAUUAACUGUAUUGACUACGGUUGCGGAACGUUUUCAAGAUUCAGAACAUGCCACCCAAAAAGAAGCCUGGAAAGAAGAAGGGGAAAAAGUCUUCAACGUCCUCUAAGUCCAAAACGCCAACUGUCGUAGAUGGUGUUUCAACAACAGAGAUGACAAAGGAAGAGUUAGAAGAACACAUCAUCCGACUUCGAGAAGAGCUAGAAAGGGAAAGAGAAGAGAGAAAUUACUUUCAGCUAGAAAGAGACAAAGUGAACACGUUCUGGGAAAUAUCCAAACAGCAACUAGAAGACCGGUCAGCCGAACUAAGAAAUAAAGAACGUGAGAUGGAAGAAUCUGAAGAAAGACAUCAGUUAGAACUGAAAGUUUACAAACAAAAGGUCAAACAUCUACUAUAUGAGCACCAAAAUAAUAUUUCUGAAUUGAAAGCGGAGACUGCAACUGCUAUUCGAAUCAACCAAGAAGAACAUUUGAAAGUUCAGGGACUAUUAAGACAAGACGAACAAAACCUGAAGAUCAAGCUGAGGGAAACUCAGCUUUCUAGUGAAGACAAUGUCAGAACCCUGAAGAAAGAACACGAACAUGAAAUGCACGAAAUAAGAAAAGAUUUCGAAAGAAAGAUGGAGGAACAAAAGAAGAUAUACAUGAAAAAUACAAAAGAACUGAGGGAAAAGCUUGAUCUUCAAAGGAAAAAUGAACUGCAUGAGACAGAGGAGAGAAAAAAUAAUCAUAUAAAUGCUCUUAUGCGUAGUCAUGAGAAAUCAUAUGCGGAGAUGAAGAACUAUUACAAUGAUAUUACUUUAAAUAACCUAGCUUUAAUAAACACACUAAAGGAACAACUAGAAGAACGAAAAAAGAAUGAGGAACGCUUAGAGCGUCGAGCAAAUGAGAUAGCAGCUGAAAACCGCCGACUAGUAGAGCCUUUAAAUAAAGCUAAAGAAGAAAACACCGAGAUGAAAAGGCAAAUGGCUAACUAUGAAAAAGACAAGACUGUUUUAAAACAAACUAAAGCUUUAUUAAAAACUUGUGAAAAAGAAAAGAAACGUACUGAAUGGAAAUAUGAUAUUUUGGAACAACAAUUUAAACACAUUGAAGCUGAACGUAAUGAUUUAUAUGAGAAAUUUGUACUAGCUAUUCAAGAAGUUCAACAGAAAUGUGGAUUAAAGAAUAUACUGUUAGAGAAACGUUUAACUGCACUAACGGAAACAAUUGAAAAGAAAGAAGCACAAUUAAGUGAAGUUUUAUCAGCAAGUAAUUUAGACCCUAUCUCUAUGGCAACAGUAUCAAGGAAAUUAGGCAAGGGCUAAAAUGAAAAGAAAUAGCUACCCAAUGUUGUCUAGCAAGGGACGCAUUCCUACAUUCCAAGAACAUAUACAACUCAAAACAACUCUCAACCAAUAUUAAACACAUCUUCAAUAUGAACAUCAACACAGUCCUACUGUGUGGAGCUGAAACGUGCAGAACUACUACAACCAUAAUCAAAACAAUAAAAGUAUUUACCAAUAAUUGUCUACACAAGGUACUCAGUGUUUGUUGACUAGAUAUCAUCAAAAACAGCCUUCUGUGGGAGAUGACAAACCAGCUUCCAGAUGAAAAGGAAAUUAAGAAAAGACAUUGGAGGUGUAUAGAACGUACAUUGAGGAAGUCAUCAAACUGCAUCACGAGCCAAGCCUCAACUUGUAAUCGUGAAGGGAAGCGGAAAAGAGGAAUUCCAAAGAACACAUCACGUCAGGAAAUGGAAGUAGAUAUGGAAAGGAUGAAUAACAACUGUAAAGAUCUGAUAAGUAUUACUCAUGAUAGGGUUGGAUGAAGAGUGCUGAUGGGUGGCCUAUUCUCCUCCACGACGAAUAACAGAUGUAAGUAAUUACUGUUGUCUAGCUUUUAUUGACAUCAAUUCUUUAAUGAAUAUUAUUUGCAUACAUCCAAAUUAGUUUAAACUCAAUUAUUUAUUUUAAAAAAUCAUUUAUACAUUAAUAAUAUUGAUCAUUUUUAGGCACAUAAUGAUCUUU